AUGAUUAGUUACUCGCAUAAAGAAAAAGUUCUGUGUAAACAAAUCUAUGAUGAAUUGAUUAAAUCUGGUUAUCGAGUUUGGAUUGAUUUCGAUCAAAUGCAUGGAAAUGUGAUGGAUGCGAUGGCACAAGCCAUUGAACAGUCGAAUACCGUUAUUAUGUGUAUGAGUGAACAGUAUCGAAAAAGUAAUUAUUGUCGAGCUGAAGCACAGUAUGCAUUUCAACGCGAACGGAAAAUAGUUCCGAUUCUUCUACAGAAACAAUAUAAACCUGAUGGAUGGCUCUUGUUUAUUAUUGGCCAAUUACUCUAUGUUGAUUUUAACAAGUAUGAGUUUUCACGAGCCAUGCAAAUGUUACAUAAUGAAUUGAAAGUUGAAUUGAUGGUGGAGACUCAUACCGCACCGGUUCGACCAAAAGAAGAUAGCGUCGUAGCUCAUUCUACUACAUAUAUCUCUGCACCCGAAGCAUUGAGGUCAUCAAUCGUCUCUGAGAAUAUUCUUGACUGGACACAAUCACAAGUACAAGAUUGGCUAUUGGGACAUAAUCUUCGUCAGUUGUCUCGUCUUUUCGCUGCUUGUGAUGGUCGUAGUUUACUGUAUUUAAGCAAAUACAUGAAAAAUUGUGAACCACAACAAAUUUUGGAUUUACUCGAAGCAGAUUCAGUUCGUCGACUCAAUGAAAGUAUAUCAUUAAUUGAAUUAUCCUCUUUUCAUUCUGUAAUGCACGAAAAAAAGAAACGUCUUCCAUCAAUGUACAGUUCAAAUACAUGA